AUGAUGAAAAAAGUGUCGAUAGAUGCUCAGGAGCGAGUUUGGCUGACAGAAGCGGAAGAUGACGCUGAUGCAGAUACAGAAGAGACAGAAGAAUCCAUGUCAUCAUCAGAUGGACCCACCAACGAACAGGUGGUCAAUCAGGAACAGAUCAAGAAGACACAGCGUCGUAUCAUGGGAGCAUUCGUGAUAUACGUCGGAAGGUUAUGUGGGAUACACCCAGUAAAGGCCCCCUAUUACUGUAGUACUACUGAGUGUAAAAAGUUGAGGUAAGUCUACUUGUAGACCUGGUUUUAAUGUUUAUUAUGGUCUGGAUAAGAAGUUGAAAAUGGAGACAGUUUAAAAGGAGGAGAGGUAUGCAUUGGUAGUGGUAUAUAAUACAUCCAGUUAGCACUAGGGAAAAGUGGAAAAAAGGGUGGUUAAAUUUGUGAUAGAUUUUUAUUUUUAGAUUUCGAGACAGAAUCAACGUGAUCGACCUGAUCAUUUGCAUAUUCAACAUCUUCGUAUGUGUGAAUCACAUAUACAUCAGAAUAUUCUCAGCGAACUCAAAAGGUCUAUGGAGUAGUAAGGACAAAGCUAAAUGGCUUCAAACCUUAGUGACGUAAGUUCAAAUUUUUAUUAAAAAAUUAAAUUUAAAUUCGAAAUUUUAAAAUAAAUAUUUAAAUAUUGGUAAAUACCUAUUUUAUCUCAGACUUAUAGAGUAACUCAGACUUAAGGUAAUGUCGUUUCAGAUCAGUAGCUCCACUGAUGGUGAUAAUAGCCACAGCCUUGAACUCUCCGGGCACUGACAGACUGCUGUAUCUGAUGAGUAACAAGAAACAAGACAUCAUCGACUCGAACAACCACCAGAGGAUACGAAAGUGGUCCUCCAUCAUGUACAUAUUGAACAUUUCCUUUGGGUUAGUUAUGCUAGUUCACUUUGGCCAAGUGCUCACUCUCGACUUUAUUCACUACAACUUUGCCCGCACCAACGUUCUGGACAACGACUUCCUGUUUCUUGAUGGUGAGGUCAAGGAUUUCGUUACUCAUGUAGGUUUAAUGACUAUUUCGAUGCCUAAAAUUUACAUAAGUUUGUUAAAUGUGUUCGUUGUAUUGUAAUGUAUAUAAUACUUCAUCAUUUCAAUAACUUCCCAAUUUUAUAUCACAGUAAUUUAUUUACUGUUCAAAAUUACUAUAUAAAAAAGAAAAAUUCAUAUAAAAUUUAAAAUUUUAGUUGCUCUUAGAGAUUGACAGAAGAUAUUACAAUCUGAUGGCUUUCAUUGUGAUGAAAGUGCCUCAGGUGAUGAUAAUGAUGAUAGCUAUCGAAAAUGGGUUGAUGUUUGCUGAAGCUCAACGUGUCAUCGGUCGAAAGAAACUAACUAGGGACCGACUGACAAAGUUCUUUGAGGUAAGCAGCAGUCCCUUUUACUAGCCUUUAAUGUCAUUUUUAUCUUAUUUUGUUUAUUGAAUAUUAUACUUGUAUAUUGACUUUAUGCACACAAAAAAUACCACAACAUUAAAGUACUAUGCUAUUGUAGUACAUCUUGUAACUUCAAGUUUUCAGGAGUUCCGCCGUGUCGAGCGAAUUCAAGCUCAAACCGAGCGUACCUAUAACAAAACCGUCUUCGUGAUAUUGGCUUCAAAACUGGCAGAAAUCACGUUGAGAUGGUACAUUCUGAUGCGAUACUGUACCAGUCCUUAUACAAAAGAAGCUGAUGUCGCCAAGCUCGUGAUCGGAGAAACGAAGACGGAACGGUGGAACGAUGAGUUCUGGGAACUUCUGGAGUUCUCGCUGCUUCUGAUCGGAUGGCUGAUGAGGUUUGUGUGGACCAUCAUGUUCAUACUGUCACUGAUCUACUGUAACGAGAAGUCGCGAGAAGCGCAGCCUCUGAUUCUGAACAAGCUGGCUCCAGAUGACGCCAAAAACGUGGUAUGUUGAUGUAGAUUAUAAUUCGAAGUUACUGCCACGUUUGAUUGUUUUAGGUCAUUUUGAACAGUUUUAAAAAGUUAUUUCAGAAAGAUCAGCUGAUUCAAAAGUUCAAUGACAAUAACUGGGGAUUAACCAUGGGGAAGUUCAUUCAUAUGGACAGAUCUGCGCUCUUAACUGUAAGUUACAACAAUUCUACUGUAGUAAAUAUUAUGUAUAAAAUGACGUAUUUACCGAUUUUUUAACAUUUACAAACUUGGAAAACCUAUACCUAUAUUAUGUUUUAGAUGGUAUCCAUCGUCUUCACCGUGGUAGCUGUGUGGCUACAAGUCAGUCACAGUAGCGUCAGAGGGUAAGUCCACAACAUAUCCAAAAUAUAACCAUACCUCAUAACAUUACAGCGCUAUCUGA